AUACAUUCCCGUAAUCACAUAUUUUUGUUUACUUUAAGGUAAAAUUAUCCUGGCGAAUUAACUAACAAACACCGACAAGUUUUCAUUUUUUUGGUCCCGUCGAGAUUUACCGUGCGAUAACGUAGCGUGAAUGACAAGUGCGCCUGAUCUGGAACACUGGGGGCAUAGUUUCAGUUUUACUUGUUAAGUGAACAUUUCGCGCACGGAGGAGCUAUAAUUUAUGAAUGUGAUGAAAUAAAUUUGGAUGUAAAUUAUAUACAUGAAGGAUUAAGAAAUGAAUUUAUGAGUUGGCAGUUUUUGAAUUGGAAAGGAACUACUUCAUCUGAAUCAUUCACAGAUCACAAGAUGUCCGAGUCGGCAAUAAAUCACAAAAUGGCCGAUUCCGGAUCACCAGGAAAAUAUCGCCGUGUGAUCGGGAUUUGCAGAAUCACAGUGAUUAUUCUCAGCGUAAUAGUUCUAGCAUUAAUUAUAGCAUUUGCACUUGUGGUCACUAACCUACAAGACAAAUUAGACUCUAAAACAGAGAGUUGUCCUACAAGCAGUAAUACAAUCCAGCUUCAUCCACCAGAUGUCUUACCACCGUUCCAUGAUCUUACGCGAGAUGAAAUAUUAUCCGUAAAAGAGUUCUUGUACGGGCAACAGGACUUGAAUUUAGUAAGACCGUCUGAAAUAGCUUGUGAUAAGAGCUACAUUUAUACAAUGGAACUUUACAUUCCUAACAAAGAACAAACUUUGAAUUAUCUUGAUAAAGGUAGAUCACCACCAGUUAGAGAGGCUUCUGUUGUCAUAUUUAGGGGAGACAAACCUGAACCAUACGUUCAAGAAUUUAUCAUUACUCCUCUACCUAACCCGAUAAGCAAAAAAGCAUUGACACCACGCCCAUUUCGCUACCGUCCCUUAACUGCCCCUGAAAUUGUUGGGGCAGUAUCUAAGCUGCACAGUGAAAUAACUGCUAAAGCUGGUAAGGUCUUGGAAGAAAGUUAUGGUGGAAAAUUAGGAGAUUGUGCUGAAAAUUGUCUAGAGUUUCAAAUGAUCACACCUAUGUCCCCGGCAUCUUCCGGAGAACCGAUGGCAAGGAAAAUGUGGUUUUGGCUUACACCAGUUGUUGAGUUUUGGAGUUUGCAUCCAUUAGAUUUCUUAGUUCUUAUGGACCUGACAAGUAAUGAGGUGGAAGAAUAUACUAUUGAUAAGAUUUAUUAUGGAAAUCAGAUGUUUAAGUCACUGGAUGAUCUUACUAGGUCGUACGAAACGGGUUCAGUAACGAAAACGAAAAUUCCUUUCCCGACAAAUGAUAAGAAUCUGUAUUCCUCCAUGCAUAGAAGAGGAACUUUAUUUCCAGAAGAGCCAUUAUCACCCCCUAGAGAAUUUGAACCCAGCGGGAAAAGAUAUUCUAUAGAAGGUAGACAUAUCAAAUAUAUGGGAUGGGAUUUCGACGUUAGAAUGUCAACAAUCUCUGGUCCUCAAAUAUUUGAUAUUAGAUAUAAUAAUGAGAGAAUAGUCUACGAAUUAAGCUUGCAGGACAUUGCAGUAUUUUACUCGGCUGAUAGCCCGGCACAAAAAUUUGCAGACUACAUUGACAGCGUGGCCUUAAUAGGGUCAAGAGCCCGAUCACUUGUUGCCGGAGCUGAUUGUCCCACCCACUCUACUUAUCUUAGUGCUGACCAUGUUAUAGAAUCUUCAGAAGAUCCAUUCCAUGUUGAAAGAGCAUUUUGUGUGUUUGAGCAUAACACUGGACUUCCGCUGCGCAGACAUUUAUCUAGUUCCGGUUCAAUGUUUUAUGAAGGAAUGAUGGAUAUUGUUCUGACAGUUCGAACAAUCGCAACUGUGGUUAACUAUGAUUAUAUUUUUGACUUCAUAUUUCAUCAAAAUGGGGCGGUUGAAGUUAAAGUUGUGUCUACAGGAUAUAUUCUUACAUCGCUAAGAUUUGCUGCAGAAGAUAACUACGGGUUCAGGCUGCGGGAUCACGUGACCGGAAACAUCCAUCAUCAUAUGUUCCAUUUCAAAACGGACUUGGAUGUUCAUGGGAAGAAAAACAGAUUUGAGUCUAUAGAAAUACAGCCUAUGGAAGUCGAUAAUUCACAAUGGUCUGUGAAACAAAAUACUAGAUACUCUCAAACAAAAAUGGUUCGAAAACAAAUAAAAUCAGAAAAAGAAGCCACUGUGAAAUACAACUUUGAAAAGCCCAAGUAUUUAACAUUUUACAAUAAUGAUUUUAUGUCAUCUUCUGGAGUACCUAGAGCCUAUCGACUGUUUACAAGAGGUGUUUCUAAACAGAUGGUUAAAGAAGGCACGGGCCAGGAACCAUCUGUGUCCUGGGCGCGGUACCAAGUCGCAGUGACAAAGUACAAAGAGGAGGAAAGGCGCAGCAGUUCAAUGUACGCCAUAUGGGACGCCGAGCGACCUAUUGUCAACUUUCAAAGUUUUAUAGACGAUGAUGAAAUAAUAACUGAUGAGGACCAAGUAGCGUGGGUAACAAUGGGUAUACAUCAUAUACCGCAUAUGGAGGAUUUCCCGGUGACUCCUACCGUCGGACUUGAUCUUGGAUUCUUUCUUCUGCCAUAUAAUUAUUUUGAUGAGGACCCUGCCAUGGGCUCGGGAGAUGCCAUCCGCAUUGAACCAAGUAGUAAGAAAUCAUUAAACCAUGGGCUGAAUAUACAUAAUUAUGGAAAGUCAGAAAAAAGACAAUGUCUGCCAAAACAAUCAACUUUUAUUGAAAAUAUUCAGGAGAGACCAAACAGUUUAUUCGAUAAACCAACUGAUAGUGUAACUAUCUAAACAUGAUAAACCAAAUAAUAAAUGUUACCAAAGCAAGAUUGUAAUGGUGUUUUUCGGUAAAUAGACAGUGUGAAGAUUUGUCGUCGCGCAGCUUUCAGUUCUGAAGGAAUCCAUGUAUUUGCGUAUAUUGAUCCGCCAUAAACCACUAUAAAGGGGAGCUAAUCAUGUGUUAUAUUCACUGACAUAUUCAUCAUGGAUUACUUACCUUGACCCAAUACAGAGGAAAGAGUAUUAAUCAUUAAUUAUCAUUUCAUCACAAUUUUUUUUGUAAUUAUCCACAUGUAGUCUUUGUUUGUUUGAAAUUUAUUUGACUUAAAGUAACGAAAUAAAUUUCUAGUACAUAGAUGAUUGAAUUUUAUUAAAAAUACAUGGACAUUAUAUCUUAUAAUUUUAUGUGUACAUAUACAUGAAGCUUGUAUGUUUUCAAAAAACAAUUAAAAUCCAACAGCUAGAA